GGGCGCUUGUUAAAUGAUUGGGUGAUUGCAUUCCGUCCACAUCUUUUCCUAUCUCCAUCGCUUCGUUUGCCGACGGCAACUGGACAAGACACUGCACCCAUGGACUUCGAACAGUAUGGGCAGAGCUCCCAGCAGCCUCGACAACGGAGAAGAAGAGCCGGAAAGCGGCGAUUGAACAAUAAGGCACCCAUCGCAGUACGUUUGGCACUGGAUCCCCAGCUGCGCGGGAAGGUCGGCAUAUUAUCCAAGGAUCUAGCGAAUGACAUCUUCCAGCAGCAGGCUCCCCAAGAUGUUACAACGUCCGACGACGGAGUGCUUUAUGUUGCAAUCGCCCCACAUACGCCGACUUAUACCUCCGUGGAAGACUAG